AUGAGGAUAAUAUUCUUGUACGAAUACAAACUUGAUCAUAGUGCGGCCGAGGCAACGCGAAACAUAAACACUGCUUUUGGGGAAGGUUCUGUAAGUGAUCGAACCAUUAGACGUUGGUUUGAAAAGUUUCGGUCUGGUGAUACAAAUCUCGACAAUUUGCCUCGCGGCCAUGCACCAUCAGUGAUUGAUGACAAUGUUUUGAAAGACGUAGUUGAAGCAGACUCGCGUUUAUCAGUUCGAGAUAUUGCACACAGCAUCAACGUUCACUAUUCCACUGUUUCCCGACAUUUAAAGGCCAUGGGGAAAGUGAAAAAGUUUGACAAAUGGGUACCACAUGAACUGACUGAGAGACACAAGCUUCGCCGUAUGGAAAUCAACUCAUCUUUGCUUUCCCGACACAAUAAUGAAGGAAUAUUGAAUCGAAUAGUAACGUGUGAUGAAAAGUGGGUUCUUUAUGACAAUCGUCGACGUUCUGCCCAGUGGUUAGAUGCUGAUCAAGCUCCGAAACACAUGCCGAAACCGAGCCUUCACCCACGUAAAGUUAUGGUAUCUGUAUGGUGGUCUGCCAAGAGUAUUGUGCAUUUUUCGUUUUUUAAAAAGGGUGAAACUAUAAAUACUGACAAAUAUUGCCAAGAAAUUGACAUUGUGAUGGAAAAACUGCGUAUUGAACAGCCGGCAUUAUUAAAUAGACGCGAAAGCGACGUGAAAAAUGCGUUCAACGAAUUUCUUGCAUCUCGCUCUUCUAAUUUCUACGUGAAAGGUAUUGAUGCGCUUGUAUCACGUUGGGGGAAGUGUAUUGAGGUGGAGGGAGACUAUUUCGAUUGA